AUGAUGUGCGAGGUGAUGCCCACUAUCAGCGAGGAUGGCCGGCGGGGCUCGGCGCUGGGCCCGGACGAGGCGGGCGGCGAGCUGGAGCGCCUCAUGGUCACGAUGCUCACGGAGCGAGAGCGCCUGCUGGAGACUCUGCGCGAAGCACAAGACGGGCUGGCUACGGCGCAGCUGCGGCUGCGCGAGCUCGGCCACGAGAAGGACUCACUGCAGCGUCAGCUCAGCAUCGCACUGCCCCAGGAGUUUGCAGCUUUGACAAAGGAGCUGAACUUAUGUCGGGAGCAGCUGCUAGAGAGGGAGGAAGAGAUUGCAGAGCUGAAGGCAGAGCGGAACAACACGCGGCUCCUCCUGGAGCACCUGGAGUGCCUGGUGUCCAGGCACGAGAGGUCACUGCGCAUGACCGUGGUGAAGCGCCAGGCUCAAUCCCCAGGCGGGGUCUCCUCCGAGGUCGAGGUGCUAAAGGCUCUAAAGUCCCUCUUCGAGCACCACAAGGCCUUGGAUGAGAAGGUCCGGGAGCGGCUGCGGAUGGCGCUGGAGAGAGUGGCAGUACUAGAGGAGGAGCUGGAGCUGAGCAAUCAGGAGACUCUGAGCCUUCGAGAGCAGCUGUCUAGGCGACGGUCAGGCCUGGAAGAGCCAGGCAAGGAUGGGGAUGCGCAGACCCUUGCCAAUGGCCUGGGUCCUGGUGGGGAUUCAAACCGUCGUACAGUGGAGCUGGAGGAGGCCCUGGAGCGGCAGCGUGCAGAGGUGUGCCAGCUUCGUGAGCGCCUGGCGGUUUUGUGCCGUCAGAUGAGCCAGUUGGAAGAGGAGCUGGGCACUGCUCACCGCGAGCUGGGCAAGGCUGAGGAAGCUAACUCCAAGCUGCAACGGGACCUCAAGGAGGCGCUGGCGCAGCGGGAGGAUAUGGAGGAGAGGAUCACGACACUGGAGAAGCGCUACCUGAGCGCCCAGCGUGAGGCCACAUCAUUGCACGAUGCCAACGACAAGCUGGAGAAUGAGCUGGCUAGCAAGGAGUCGCUGUACCGGCAGAGUGAAGAAAAGAGCCGUCAGCUGGCUGAAUGGUUGGAUGAUGCCAAACAGAAGCUGCAGCAGACGCUACAGAAGGCAGAGACAUUGCCUGAGAUAGAGGCACAACUGGCCCAGCGUGUGGCAGCACUUAACAAGGCUGAGGAACGUCAUGGGAAUUUUGAAGAGCGUCUUCGGCAGCUGGAGGCCCAGUUGGAAGAGAAGAACCAGGAGCUGCAGCGGUCCCGAUUUUUGGAAAGAAUGCAUGACAAGCUAGGGAACAGUGGGAGAAUGGGAAGGGAAUAUAAGAACUCCCUGAGUGAGGAGAUAGCCAACAUGAAGAAGCUUCAGGAUGAGCUACUGCUUAACAAGGAGCAGCUCUUGGCUGAAAUGGAACGGAUGCAGAUGGAGAUUGACCAGCUGCGGGGGAGGCCACCAUCUUCCUACUCCAGGUCUCUCCCUGGCAGUGCCCUGGAGCUUCGUUACUCCCAGGCACCCACGUUACCUUCUGGUGCCCACUUGGACCCCUAUGGGGCUGGCAGCAGCCGGGCAGGCAAGAGGGGCCGCUGGUCAGGGGUCAAGGAUGAGCCCUCCAAGGAUUGGGAGCGGUCAGCCCCUGCAGGCUCCAUACCACCUCCAUUCCCUGGGGAGCUGGAUGGGUCAGAUGAGGAGGAGGCAGAAGGAAUGUUUGGAGCUGAGCUGCUGUCCCCUAGUGGGCAGGCGGAUGUGCAGACGCUGGCCAUUAUGCUUCAGGAACAGCUGGAGGCUAUCAACAAGGAGAUCAAGCUAAUCCAAGAGGAGAAGGAGACAACAGAACAGAGGGCAGAGGAGCUGGAGAACAGGGUGUCCAGCUCUGGCCUGGACUCAUUGGGCCGCUACCGAAGCAGCUGCUCACUGCCCCCUUCCCUCACCACCUCUACCCUUGCCAGUCCUUCACCUCCCAGCUCUGGCCACUCAACACCCCGUCUGGCACCCCCUAGCCCUGCCCGUGAGGGCACUGACAAAGCUAAUCAUGUCCCUAAGGAGGAAGCUGGGGCUCCACGAGGGGAGGGUCCAGCCAUCCCAGGAGAUACUCCACCACCCACCCCCCGCUCUGCCCGUCUUGAGAGAAUGACUCAGGCCUUGGCACUUCAGGCAGGGUCCCUGGAAGAUGGGGCACCUUCACGGGGAAGUGAGGGCACCCCAGAUUCCCUGCACAAAGCCCCCAAGAAGAAGAGCAUCAAGUCAUCCAUAGGCCGUCUCUUUGGAAAGAAAGAGAAAGGACGAAUAGGACCCCCAGGACGGGACAGCUCUUCUCUUGCUGGAACACCCUCAGAUGAGACGUUGGCCACUGACCCUCUGGGGCUAGCCAAGCUGACAGGCCCAGGAGACAAGGACCGAAGGAACAAGAGAAAGCAUGAACUCCUGGAAGAGGCCUGCCGCCAGGGCCUGCCUUUUGCUGCCUGGGACGGGCCCACAGUGGUCUCCUGGCUGGAGCUGUGGGUAGGCAUGCCUGCGUGGUACGUUGCCGCCUGCCGUGCUAAUGUCAAGAGUGGCGCCAUCAUGGCCAACUUGUCAGACACCGAGAUCCAGCGCGAGAUCGGCAUUAGCAACCCGUUGCACCGGCUCAAGCUACGCCUCGCCAUCCAGGAGAUGGUCUCGCUCACCUCACCCUCGGCCCCCGCCUCCUCCCGCACGUCCACAGGAAAUGUGUGGAUGACACAUGAGGAGAUGGAGUCCCUGACGGCCACCACCAAGCCUGAGACCAAGGAAAUCAGCUGGGAGCAGAUCCUGGCUUAUGGCGACAUGAACCACGAGUGGGUGGGGAACGACUGGCUGCCCAGCCUGGGGCUGCCCCAAUACCGUAGCUACUUCAUGGAGUCACUGGUGGAUGCCCGAAUGUUGGAUCACCUUAACAAGAAGGAGCUCCGGGGCCAACUCAAGAUGGUGGACAGCUUCCACAGGGUGAGUCUGCAUUACGGGAUUAUGUGCCUGAAACGGCUCAACUAUGACCGGAAGGACCUGGAGCGGAGGCGGGAAGAGAGUCAGACCCAGAUCCGAGACGUGAUGGUGUGGUCCAAUGAAAGGGUCAUGGGUUGGGUGUCCGGGCUGGGCCUGAAGGAAUUCGCCACGAACCUCACGGAGAGUGGGGUACACGGGGCGCUGCUCGCCCUGGACGAGACCUUCGACUACUCCGACCUGGCCUUGCUCCUGCAGAUCCCCACACAGAAUGCACAGGCCCGGCAGCUCCUGGAGAAGGAAUUCAGCAACCUCAUUUCCUUAGGCACAGACAGACGACUGGACGAGGACAGCGCCAAGUCCUUCAGCCGCUCCCCUUCCUGGCGGAAGAUGUUCCGAGAAAAGGACCUCCGAGGCGUAACUCCCGACUCGGCUGAGAUGCUGCCCCCCAACUUUCGUUCCGCUGCAGCAGGAGCCCUGGGCUCGCCGGGCCUCCCUCUCCGCAAGCUGCAGCCGGAAGGUCAGACUUCUGGGAGUUCCCGGGCAGAUGGCGUUUCGGUCCGAACCUAUUCCUGCUAGUGCAGGCCUCCAGGUGACCUCACUCGAACGGAAGAAUCUUCCGGAGGCUGGGCUCUUCCUCUCCUGCCUAGAGUCUGGUCUCUCCGGGGAGAGCUGGCAGGGGAGCUUGUGCCACGGACUGGACCAUCUGUACAGAGAGGCGGGAGUGUGCGCGUCCGCUUCCCAGAUGGACUGGGCCUGGGCCAGGGCCACACCACACGAACUGGACUGAGAGGGGGCAAGAAGAGGGCAGGAGGAAAUCUUGCCCCAAACGUUCGCCUUCCUUUUCUCUACUUUGUAAUUUAUUGGUUAGUUUCUGGUGGGAGACGGAUGCCCUCUACCCGCGGGGAGGGGGCGGGGCUUCCCUCUCGGGCCGCACGCGGUGGGGAGGCUGCCCCUCCCUUUUUUCCUGCCCAGUCGCAGGGCCCAAGUCUUCCUUCUUCGUCCGUAAGGAGGGGAGGGGGAUUCGCUGCUACAAGCCUCGCCCCCUGUGCCACUCAGCCCCGCCCUACUGAGUCAGGUCGCUGGUUCCCGGGGUCAUCUGCGGGCAGGGUCUCCUCUCCCUCCCCCGUGUCUCGUGUCCCCGGGGCCUCCCCGUCCCCCGUGCUGUGGCCGUGUCUGUGCCCCGGGGGUAGGGGGCGCAGCACUGCGCUCCCCGUUCCCCUCCGGCUCCGGGGUUUGCAUGGGAGAAUCCUCUUUCCACGAUGCCACUGGGCUACGUGAUGUGGGGGGACAAAGCGGGGGAGUCGCCCCGAUUCUCAGCUGCCUCCCCACCCCGGCGUCACUCAGUGAUCACGGGUAAAGAGAACUGUUUC